GGAUCGUUCUGGGAAGCGCUCGGUCCCACAGAGGGAGACGCGAACGGCCCCAAAGCAGCUCUCUCUAUCUCCGUAUCUGCCGCUGUCGAAGAGAAGUUUGUAGAGGGAGAUGGACAAUGGCAAUGGAGAAACGGCGCCGCCGGAGCAACCGGAGUCCAGCAGAGGCGCCGGAGGAAAGAUAAGGAAGCACCCCAACGGGAAGCCUCGGACUACUCCCUACGCCCGCCCGCCACUUAACCAGUCCCACCAGACUCCCCUCGCCGUCCGGGGUGGCGGAGGCUGGCUUUCCAAGCUCGUGGAUCCGGCCUGCCGCCUGAUUGGCGCCGGCGCCACCCGUCUUCUCCCUUCUCUCUUCUCCAGAUCACCCACAAUUAAAUCCCCUGCUUCUUCCUCCUCCGACGAAGGUCAUGACGAGCUGCAGGGUGAGGCUGAGCAUGAAGAUGAAGACGGAAUCGACAAAGGGAAUUCAGAUCUGGCCUUAACCAAAGUAACUCAAUCAGCAAAUGCUGAAAGUGUUGAAGAUGGACCCAGAAGUGGUGGCCUCCUUGAUGCCAAAGGGGAAGGCAAAAACAUAGCCCUGCCAAACACUGGUGGGCUUUCGGAAAUUGAGCAGCUGAUCAAAGGGAAAAUGUUUUCAAGAGCGGUGUUUUCUUUGAAUUAUAGCGAUGAAGUUGAUCGUCUCUUGGAAAUCCUGCAUUCCAAGACUGUCGAUCGACGUACAGAUGAGGGAAGAGAUAAACAACCAGCUACAGAUAUUAGAGGAAAAGUUCAAGGGCAUGCAACAGCACCAGAAUUUGCAAGCGGAUUGAAAGGGGAAAAGCAAGAGGCUUGGAACAGAGUAUCUGGGGAAAUUCUGACCCCACUUUCCAAGGCAAAUGUGCGAAAUGAAAUUGGUGCAUCACCAGUUGAUAUCGCUAGAGCAUACAUGGGUAAUCGAAUGUCAGAAAUUGGAUCUAGUGCAGUGGCUACAGCAACCGGAGAUGAUAGAGCAUUGGUUGAUUUGGAUGGACACUCAUCAAAGCCUUUUAUUGCAUUACCCUCACAUAACUCAUCCAUCCGCUGGCCUGGUGCCACAGUGCCUGAUAGAUAUAUGACCCCACAGACUCAAAGAAGCAGAUACGGGCUUCAUGAUUUCCGCAGAACCCCCUAUUCUAGAACUGUACAUUCAAUGUCCAAGUCUAAGCCGAUUCAUAUUGGUGAUGAUGGCAGUAACUCUCUCGAAACCGAGUCACCUUUGCUAAAGCAAUCGCAGACAGCGUUAAAUCGACAGGCAAGAUCAAGAAGCAAUAUAGUAGAUGUUGGCUAUGGAUCUGUGGGACCCAUUCGUCGGCCCAGACACAAGUUAACCUUAGGCACUCCUCAAAAGUUUGUCAACUUACCUCCUUUAGCCAGUCCCUCUCAGAGGGAAGACAGCAACUCACCUUUGGACCCUUUGCCUGCCUACAGAAAGAAAAUGGUGUAUGUUGGAGGAUCAAGUAGCUCUGCAAAACCUCAAUGGGCAGAUGAUAGACCACAAAGUCUUGAGAUUGGAGUACCAACUGUUCCAAGACAUUCUAGUCAGAUGGCUAGGAAGAUACUUGAGCAUCUUGACAGAAACUUUCCUACUCCCAAAGAGAAGUCUGCUGAGUUGAAGCUGGCCAAUUCUUGGAAGAAAACAAUCUUCUCUGAUGCCAUUUUGGUGGGGGAUGCCGCAAUAUCUCAUGAGAAGGUGGAGAAAUGGGCAGGUGCUGAUGCUGCUCAUCUACAUGAAUCUAGAGGAACAUCAUUCAAAUUACCACCUGAAAGGAGCACCAUCAGAAUAGCUGAUGCUGUGGGAAGAAAGACUUCUGUUUUUGAUGCAAAUCUACGUAGUUCUAGUCCGGCAAAUGGCGCCAAUGCAGAGAGUGCAAAUGAGGUCUCGGAGUUAGCUGCUCCCACUGCUAUAGAGUCUCAACUUCGAGAUGCAGUGAAGCAGCCUCCACUAUCUGCAGCAAAAGCGGGAUUGCCAGCAAUCUCCAUUGAGAAUCCUGUCAGGGCCGCUUUCUCUUCGGGAAGCAGCUCUGGAUUUGAGUUCCCAGUCUCUGCAUCUCCAGCCCAAUUUCCUGAGCCACCGACUCCAUCCCUCACACUGCCUCCUCGUUUGACCAACAGCCACCCCCUGCAAAAAGAAGAAGAAUCCAUUCCCUCCUAUACUUUCGGCUCGUCAAAUAGGUCCUCUCCAGCUCUCGUGUUUUCGUUCCCUUCUACAAGCAGCAGUUCAGUUCCUGUGGAUGCAGCGGAUCUAAAAUUCUCCUUUGGGUCAGGGGAGAGGAGGAUGUCAUUUGCAUCAAUAGCGAGAGAUGGUGUCUGCUGCUAAUGCUGAGUUUUUCUUUCACAAUAGAGAGAGGAUAGAACUCACAUAUUUCUUGUAGAAAGGCUGCAAUUCUUCACAGGGUUAGGUCUAUAAUGUCUUUUUUUUUUUUUUCUCUCCCUAGGGAGAAGAGACUCGAGACCGAGAGGAGACGUUAUAGAGAUUUCCGUGGGGUUAGAGGGAUCGGAAUGUGUCGUGCUCGGAUCCCUCUUGGCUGUUACAAAAUAAGAAAAUGCUGCAGAAUUUACUCUUUGGAAAGUCAAUAGCAAUAAAUAUCAUGCGCCCAA